AGACUCGUUGUAAACGCGUUUUUUGAGCUCUUCUCUUGAAAUAUAUAUGGAGAAACAGUAAAUAUCGUGACACCAAACACACGCAAUGGAGGUGGAAAUGGACACGUCAGCUGUAGCCGGAGAUUUGGUCGCCGCUUUGGAGCAGGCAACCCUAAUGGCGAAGCAAAUCCCGACCACCGCGGAUCCAUCGCAGCUCUUCCAAAUUCAAUCCGCCCUCCGUUCGGCGAACCACCGUCUCUCUCAAUUCCUCACCGGUGGACAACUUCCGCCGCCGCCGCAGCACACCGCGUUCCCAAUCGCACGGCCUGAAAACUCGGUUUCGUCAGCCGUGGGCGGCGGCGGCGAGCCAAUGCAGAUGGGCGACGGAGAAGAGGAAGAGCAGAACUCGAGGGACGCUACUACUGUUGAGAAGGUCGAGGGGAGGAUGAGGGAAUGCUUUAUACAGAACAAAAGGCCGAAGAGGCGGCUCUCGCCUUCUUCGGCGGUGGCGGCGGAGCAGCGACGGAGCUAUGUGAAUAAGGGCGUGAUAGGCGGCGGUGCUGCGGCGGCGGAUUUUGAUCCUAUUCGGGCUAGGUUGAGAUCUCUUGAUCUAAUUUAUCAGUUCCAUGCCUGAAAAAUAUCUGUUUUCAAUUUUAAUUGAUUCCGAUUAAAAAACAAUAAUUAGCAA